GUAUGUAUGCAACCGGCACGACUCGCACCGCGCUGACGAGAUAGAUAAAUAUGCUUGGCACGCGAUUUACUCGUAACUCGCGCUCGCUCACGUAUGGGACAAGAAUGUAUUAUUUGGCAACACGGCUAGGCAGGCACUACGAUGAUGGUAAUUGCGCCGCCGGCAGCUGGAAGGAAGAAGCGGUGCAGUGCACUCGUGAUACUUGAUUUUUCAACAACAGCCGGCUCAGUCGGCACCGCAACUUCCUGAUAAUGUCAGCUCGGCCGAGCCGCACAUGUAUUUGCGAUUAGUUAGCUGCAUUUAAUCGCAACAGGGGCCUUCUGUGUCAAUGUGACGACGACGAUCAUUGCGCGCAUUGAAAAAGGAGCUUUCCAGAAAAAAGAUCUCCCAGCAUUUUGGAGCGGCUUGAUGAGGAAGUACAAGUACGUUCGGGUGCUGGCCUUGGUGCUGGUGCUCGCCUCGGCCGCCUACAUCCACCACAGCUGGGUGCUAAAGACGUUCUACAACAAACACAUGGAGUUCGUCAAAAACGACCUGUCGGGCAGGUGCAAACUGCCCAACUACGACCCCUUUGAUCCCUCCAUCCGCAAGUACAUAGUGCAACCUUGGCCUAAGAUAGACUGCGCCUCUUCGCAACUGCCGCUCACUUUCGUGGACCACAAGGGUCGCCUUCAGGUCAACAGGACGGCCGCAAAGCAGUACUACGGAGAGGUGCAGUGCAGUGUUCAAAGAGUUACCAGGAAAUCAGGGGAUGAUGACCACAUUGACCUUGGACCCCCAGAGGUUAUAACUGGGGACGAGGCGUUAGAUUUUGAAUUCAGCCUAGUACAUUGUGUUGAGUUUCCGUCUAAACGGGUGAUUUACGAGACUGGUUACGCCAAAAUUGUUCCUGUGCCACACGAGCAGUCUGCAAAAAGUCAACAGGCAGCCAAAGAAGGCAGACUCAACGUGGUGGUACUCGCCCUCGAGUCCAUGUCCAGACUCAACUUUAUGAGGCAACUGCCCAUUAGUCACGAAUUCAUUACAAAUGAGCUUGGUGGCGUUGUCAUGAAGGGCCUCACAAAAGUUGGUGACAACACCUACGCAAACAUGGUGCCCUUCCUGAGUGGUCUGGCCGCGGGAUACGCAGAAAUGAGCCCUCGCUUUGGCGACGGCAACACUCCGAGCGGUUUCUCGGAUGACCUACCAGCCACAUGGAAAAACUUCUCAGACGCCGGCUACCUGACCAUGUUUGCUGAAGACGACGCUUCCAUCACCAUCUUCAAUUACAUGGCCACUGGCUUCAAAGACCCGCCAACCCACUACUACAUGAGGCCUUUUUGGCUGGCCAUGGACCAGCAGAGCCGCUGGGCCUGGGACAGCAGAUGCUACGGACACAUUCCAAAGUUCAACUUCCUCUUCGACUACAUGGAAGAGUAUCUGACAAAGAUGUACGCUGAGAAAAGGGCACAUUUCAGCUUCACUUUUCUCAGUCACCUCAGCCAUGAAGCUAUAAAUCCCAUUCAGGUGAUUGACGAGGAUCUCAAAAUGUACCUAAAGAGACUGAAAGCCAAAGGUAUUUUGGAAAAUACUCUCCUGCUGGUCCUGGGAGACCACGGCAACAGAUUCGACUCAAUUCGAAACACAGUCAUUGGCCGGAUUGAGGAAAGAAUGCCCUAUUUGGCAGUGGUUGUUCCAAAAUCAUUAGAACAUUUUCGGCCUAGUUUAAAGGCAAAUGCUGAAGUUUUGACGAGCUGGCACGACGGCUAUGAGACUGUAAUGGACGUUGCUAUGCAGAAUUUAGACUUGAAAUCUAAAAAGUUAAGGUAUGGAUACAAGGGUUUAUCACUUUUUCGUCCCAUCCCUGCCAACCGGUCGUGUUUUGAAAUCGGCAUCCCCAACGUCUAUUGCGUCUGCUGGAAUGAAGAGCAAAUGUCUCCAAAUGAAGCCAAUGAUCUGGCAGCCCGUCUGCUCGAACACACCAACAAAUUCGUCCAAGAAAAGGAUCUCAAGUCCAAGUGCGCCCCUCUCACUUUAGACAAAGUUGUCAGCGCCCAGAAACUGUUGCCGGCGCAGGGCGUGGCCCACUAUCGGGACUUCGUGGUGCACUUCCGGGUGACCAUCCGGGCCCUCCCCUCAGGCGCCCUGCUCGAAGGCACCCUGCGGCAGGACGCCUGGUCGGACGCCGUUGUUGUUGGCGACGUGAACAGGAUCAACCGCUACGGCAACCAGUCGACGUGUGUCACCCACAAACUGCUGAAGUUGUACUGCUUCUGUGAUGCCAAAAGGUAGGACCCCUCUUCUCUUAUUAACCUACAAGUAGUGCAACUGCCGGCCUCAAAACUAUUUCCAACGGUGCGUGCGAACUCGAGUGCAAAUCAAUUGAUAUUCGUUAAGUGAAUAAGUGAAGGAAGAGAUUUACGAAGCAGUAUUCAAAUUUAAUCAAAAUAUGGCCACUUCAAGUGCCGAGAGCUGAAUGUUGUAGUUUAAUAUACACUCACGCGAUUUUGACUUAGGCAUUACCAUGACAAGGCUAAUUAUUAUUUUAUGAUAUUAAAUAUACAAGCCACACAAUUUACAAAAUGCAUGUUGUUCGGCAAGUGUUCCGCUGUACUUUGAUGAUAUUUUCCAUUGAUAUUUGAACCCAAAAAAUAAAACUAUAACUAGAAUGGCAUCUUGUACCAAUAAAAAGGAUUUUA